GACAGCGUGAUUAUCGCAUAUCAUAUCAUAUCAUAUCAUGCAUGCAAUUCGUGUCGCAUAGGCUCGUUAAGUGAGCUCGCGCGCGAAUGCACAUGUGGCACAAAUCCUCCGUCGACUGUAUGCCAUUGCAAACUUAGGCCUGGCCAUAUUUGUCAGAUCCAACGGCUCUAAACUGAAGGCUUGAACGGCACUAAGCAAGGGAGCAAAAUGGCUGAACCUCCUCGCAAGAAGGCCAACAAGGAUGGAGAGCCUCAGGUUGUUGUGCUCGCCUACAGCGGUGGGCUUGACACCUCCUGUAUCCUGAAGUGGUUGAUUGAGCAAGGUUACGAUGUUAUAGCUUACACGGCUGAUGUUGGACAGGAUGAUGAUUUUGAGGAGAUUCGGGCAAAGGCCCUCAAGGUCGGAGCCAAAAAGUAUGUUGUCGAUGAUUUGCGCAAGGCUUUUGUGGUGGAUAACAUCUGGCCCAGCGUUCAGGCCAACUGCCUGUACGAGGACCGCUACCUGAUGGGAACAGCCCUCGCCCGGCCGCAGAUAGCCAAGGGACUGGUGAAGUGUGCAAAGGAGGAAGGCGCUCAGUACAUCUCCCAUGGUGCCACAGGCAAAGGCAAUGACCAGGUUCGACUUGAGUUGUCUUCCUAUGCCCUCCAUCCUGAUAUCGAGAUCAUUGCCCCAUGGAAGAUGCCAGAAUUCUACAACCGCUUUCUGGGUCGUAACGACCUGUUUGAGUACGCCAAGCAGCAGAACAUUCCGCUGUCCAUCACCCCAAAGAAACCCUGGAGCAUGGAUGCCAACCUGAUGCACAUCAGCUAUGAGUCUGGUAUCCUGGAAGAUCCCAUGACGGAGGCACCGGAUGACCUUUAUCAGAUGACCGUUGACCCAAAGAAAGCCCCUGAUGUUGCAGACAAGUUGGAGAUUGAAUUUAAAAGGGGUGUCCCUGUGCGAGUGAAGAAUGUGGCAGAUGGCACUGAGAAGACAGACCCUCUUGAGUUGUAUAUGUACCUGAAUGAAAUUGGGGGAAAGCAUGGUGUUGGUCGAACUGACAUUGUUGAGAACCGCUUCAUUGGAAUGAAGAGUCGUGGGGUGUAUGAGUGUCCAGGAGGCCAAAUUCUGCUAGUAGCUCACCUGGAUAUUGAGAAUAUAACCAUGGAUAAGGCUGUGCGUAGGAUCAAGCAGGGUCUAUCACUUCGAUUCUCUGAGCAAGUUUAUGAAGGUUUUUGGUACAGUCCAGAGUGUGAGUUUACCCGUCAUUGCAUCGACAAGAGCCAGGAGAAUGUGGACGGAACUGUUACCGUGGAGAUCUUCAAGGGUAAUGUGUCUGUCAAGUCUCGUUGCUCAGCAACCUCGCUGUACAACGAGGAGCUUGUCAGCAUGGUCUUGAAGGGUAACUAUGAGCCAGAAGAUGCGCUGGGAUUCAUCAAGGUCAACGCCGUCAGGCUGAAGGAAUAUCGUCGUCUCCGCAGCUCCCAAGGUGGAAGUGGGGAUGCCUCUUCCUAAACUCUCUCAUUGGACUCCGUCAGCCCACCGAUUCAUUCACCUGGUUUAACUUUAAGAUUUAGGUUGGGAAACAAACAAAGACAGGUUUCCAAUCCCUGCGCUAUAUUUUAGACAUAAAAUAGAGGGGGCAGGAACCAGUAUGAUGGUACUUAAGGGGUGUAAGAACUCCUUUUUGACUGGUGAAGAAUCUUUUAAAGGAGGUGCCCUACAGAGAUAAAAGUAUUUCUCACAGGCACUCACGGAGUCCAUUGACAGGGAGUGAAAAACUCAGCACUUGAUGCUGAUAACAGUGGAAAACGGUGUGUCAUCCUAGCUGUCAUAUGCAUUUGGCAUCAAAUAGGGUGUUCUUGGUUAAAUGCUUUUACUUCUUUGGUGUUCUAGUAUUCAGUGCUGAAGUAGCUUUUCUAGAAAUAUCUGGGGUGCAUGCUUAUAUUUUUGGUGCCAAAAUGCUGUGCAAGCUGGCCAGGUUAUGUGGCUUUGCAUAUUGCUAGGUACGAAGCUUCCAGUUGCUCUAAGUUCUUUGAAAGCUUCUUGAAUUUUUGUGAACUUUGUUUGAAAGUGCUCCAAACAGUUUCUCAUAGCCGGGUACUUUAUCGACAUGUUUUCAUCAAAACCAACAAAUUUUUCAAGCAGGCACAUUUUUGAGAUAUUCACUCUACCUUAAUUCGGGUCCUGCUGGAAACUUUUCCACAUAAGCUGAAUCUAGUUAUGAAAUGCAUGGUUUUUGUGCAGUUUUGAAACUACUUAUCAGACUUCAAAGUAUUCAUUGCUUGCAAUAAGCUGUGAAUUGAAACUCAUCUGAAAUGAAAAUCAAUGAUAGUUUUUGAAAAAAAAAAAUCAGUAGAGUGCCGAAGGGCUGCAUUGAUUAUUUAAUUGUUCACUCUGGCCAUUGUUUGGUUCAGUUUUGGUUUGAGUUACCGAGCCUUUGCCAAAUUCAACACUGUUGGAUAUGAUGUACUCUUCAUCUGAAGGGUUUGGGUUAACCAGACAUCUUUGUGAGAGCUGAGGCUUCAUGUCAGACAGCAUUGGUUGAAAACAUUUUUCUUCCAAGAAAGCCUAAAAAAUUUCUCCAAGGAAAUCCUUCAAAAGGAAGCUCAGUUGCUCUCCAACAUGGAUGUUGUCACUUCCAGCCAAGAAUACAGUGAAGGGAAUUCACUUGUUCUCCAUAUUGAAAACCCAACAAGAAGAAACAAAUCAUUAAUAAAAAAGUGUCCCUGGCAUAGCAGUAGGGAGAUCAAAUCGAAAACAUUAAAUCAUAAGCCACUUGUUCUUUUUGUUGUAAUUUUGGCCUCGAAAAAAAGUCAAACUGGAGACACAGAGGUUAUAAUUUUAUUGCUAGAUCCUUCGGAAAUAUUUGUUGUUUUGGUCACAAACAGACAUUUUUAUUUUCUUAAUGAGUGUAUUCCCUUUUAUGAUUUUAGUUUUCUGAAAUCCAGAUUUUAUUCUUUGAAUUAUGUAUUAAGAACUUUGAAUAUCUUUUUGAAAUAAAGAAAUUGUGUGCCUGUUCCUAUAGUUGGCACGAUUUAUUAAUCUUCGCUUCAAUAUUCGAUCUCCUGUGUAGUUCUCUCUGGUUUUCCAUUUUUGAAUUCUUUUCCCUGAAAUCUUUCACAUUCUUGCCAAUGUUUUUCUGGAUAGUCUGAUUUUUAUGUGUUACUUUGCUGGUCUGAAAUUUCUACAAUAUUGUAUUCCAGUACUUUUCCGUUAUUUAAGAAAAUAGUUUAAUUGCCUUAUUUCCAAAUGAAAAAGAAAUAAACCCCAAGAAAAUCUGCUGGCAUAAUCAAGGCAUAGUGUACCAAACGCAAUUGUAGUUUACUUAAGCGUUUGUAGUUUUUCUUUGGUGUUAGUGAAAAAAAGAAGAAGCAAUAACCAAGUCUGUGCUUUUGAAAAAUUCAACCGCGAUGCAAAUUGUGUUCUUGUGGCAUAGAAGAGACAUAUCACUCUAGGCUUUUGCUUUUGUCAGUUAAAAAUAGAGAGGCAUUGGCUUUUUACAUAAUAAAGACAGUGUAAUAAAGAGGAAGUUGGUGCAUUUAAA